CCUCCCUCCGUCCACCCAUCGUCUCCUGGAUAUGAAGCGGGGUUGGGGGCGCACGGUCUCCGCCCUGCUCUAGGACACCUGCUCCCAUAACGCCCUCGGCAGCUUGGGGCGGGCGCUUCCGGCACUGUUGCAGACCCCGGGCAUCCGGCACCCUCCAGUGUCGCUGGGAAUAGACGCCAAGGCCUCACCGGCUAAGUGGAUUGACUUCACAGGUUUCCAACUAAUUCCACGUUUUUGAAAGGCGCUGUUUGGAGACCCGGCCUGGGGCCGGCAGCUGUAGUGGAGGGUAGGCGCCCCUCAGACUGAGAUCGGGACUUGUUUGGCCUGCACCACGUUCCUGAAAUGUACAGGUGCACUUCGUGGCCCCAGAGAAGAGGGGUCUGGGGGCAGCGGACGGUGGACCCGGGGGCGUUCAGCUAGACAGGUUAGGUACGCAGUGCGCGUUUUUCGUGCAAAUGAUUAUCGAGGCCUGCGAGCUCGGGACUUUACUAUUCGCACAUUAAAAAAAAAAAGAAAAGGAACCCGAGAGACCGUGUCACUUGGUCAAAGGCGCCCAGCGGAAACGGCCAGGAGACCUCCGGGCUCUGAAGUUCUCUGCAGGAGACCCUGCGCCCCGACUUCCCCACCUCUCUGGGGGCGAGGUCUCCUCCCACGGUCACCAACUCCACGGCACGCGCCCCCACCGCCGCGGGGCGGGGAUCUAGCCCCCUCUGGAGCACGUGGUCACGCGCCAGCCCGGGCGAGGAGACGUGGGCGCCGCUCUAGCCGCCGCGGCGCAGGUGCCGGAGUCUCGCUGGCGUGACGUACUUCCGGGGCGGUGGGGGGAGGCAAGAUGGCGGCUCCCAUGGAAGUGGCCGUGUGUACGGACUCGGCGGCCCAGCUGUGGAGCUGCAUCGUGUGGGAGCUGCAUUCGGGCGCCAAUUUGCUCACGUACCGCGGCGGCCAGGCCGGACCCCGCGGCCUGGCGCUGCUCAAUGGCGAGUACCUGCUGGCGGCGCAGCUGGGCAAGAACUACAUCAGCGCCUGGGAGCUGCAGCGGAAGGACCAGCUCCAGCAGAAGAUCAUGUGUCCUGGACCUGUCACCUGUCUGACCACAUCGCCCAAUGGCCUGUAUGUCCUGGCAGGGAUUGCAGAGAGCAUAUACCUGUGGGAGGUCUCCACGGGGAACCUUCUGGUCAUCCUGAGCCGCCACUAUCAGGAUGUGUCGUGCUUGCGGUUCACUGGGGACAGCAGCCACUUCCUCUCGGGGGGCAAAGACUGCCUGGUGCUGGUGUGGAGCCUGUGCAGCGUGCUGCAGGUGGACCCCUCCAGGACCCCAGCCCCCCGGCAUGUCUGGUCUCGUCACACCCUCCCCAUCACAGACCUGCACUGUGGCUUUGGGGGGCCCCUGGCCCGGGUGGCCACCUCUUCGCUGGACCAGACGGUGAAGCUGUGGGAGGUCUCGUCGGGCGAGCUCCUGCUCUCUGUGCUGUUCGACGUGGCCAUCGUGGCCGUGACCAUGGACCUGGCCGAGCACCACCUGUUCUGUGGCGGCAGCGACGGUUCCAUCUUCCAGGUCGACCUUUGCACCUGGCCUGGGCAGAGAGAGAAGACCUUCCAGCCGGAGCAAGACAGCGGGAAGGCGUUCAGAGGGCACAGGAACCAGGUGACCUGCCUGUCCGUGUCUACUGACGGCAGCGUGCUGCUCUCCGGCUCCCACGAUGAGACCGUGCGCCUGUGGGACGUCCAAAGCAAGCAGUGCAUCAGGACGGUGACCCUCAAAGGCCCUGUGACCAACGCCUCCAUCAUGCUGGCGCCGCUCAGCAUGCUGAGCUCAGACUUCAGGCCGGGCCUGCCCCUGCCCCACUUCAACAAGCACCUGCUGGGCGCCGAGCACGGGGAUGAGCCCCACCGAGGGGGCUUCACGCUGCGCCUGGGCCUCCACCAGCAGGGCUCGGAGCCCAGCCACCUGGAGCGGGCAGACCAGCUGCACGCGGUGAUGAGCAGCACGAUGGAGAAGAGCGUCCUGGGCGGCCAGGACCAGCUGCGGAUCCGCGUGGCCGAGCUGGAGGACGAGGUGCGGAACCUGCGGAAGGUCAACCGCGACCUGUUCGACUUCUCCACGCGCAUCAUCACGCGGCCGGCCAAGAGAUGCACGUCGGGGCGCAAAGAGGUACCUGCACACCCACGUUCACAGCAGCACGGUCCUUAGUCACCAGACACCCCCGGUGCCCGUCCACGCACGAAGGGUAGACACUCCGUGGUCCAUCCACACGCCCGAAUGUGAUCCAGCCUUAGAAAGUGCCACCUGCCACCACAUGGAUGGACCCCGAGGACACUGCGCGGUGACAGAAGCCAGACACAGAAGGACACGUCCUGCGUGACCCCACGCACAGGGGGUCCCCUGAGAAGUCGCAUCCACAGAGCCAGGGAGCAGACUGGGGGAGCCAGGGGUGGGCAGGGGGCGGGGAGUCUGUGCUGCUUGGGGACAGAGUCUCAGUCUGGGGAGAUGGAAAGUUCUGGAGAUGGAUGGUGGGGGCGGCUGCAUGACAGUGUGAGUGCGCCUGAUGUCACUGAGCUGUGCACUUGGAAGUGGUCGCGAUGAGGGGCGCCUGGGUGGCUCAGUCGGUUAAACGUCGACUUGAUUUUUGGCUUAGGUCGUGAUCUCGUGGUUCCCGGGGUCCAGCCCCGCAUCAGGCUCCAUGGAGCGUGCUUGAGGUUCUCACUCCUUCUCUCUGCCCUUCCCAGUUUGUCUUCUGUCUCUCAAAAAACAAAAACAAA